CAGCGCACAAGAAACGCACGACAAGCUACUCAACAUGAGCGCUAAGGUUGAAGGACCCGCCAUCGGGAUCGACCUCGGAACGACGUACUCCUGCGUCGGCGUGUGGCAGCACGACCGCGUCGAGAUCAUCGCGAACGACCAGGGCAACAGGACGACGCCGUCCUAUGUCGCGUUCACGGACAGCGAGCGCCUCAUCGGCGACGCCGCGAAGAACCAGACGGCGCAAAACCCGAAGAACACCGUCUUCGACGCGAAGCGCCUCAUCGGCCGCAAGUUUUCAGACCCGCAGGUGCAAGCGGAUGCCAAAGAUUUCUCCUUCGCGCUCGUCGCGGGCGAGGCGGAGAAGCCCAUGGUCCAGGUUGAGUUCCACGGCGAGACGAAGACGUUCUCCGCGGAGGAGAUCUCGUCGAUGAUCCUCACCAAGAUGAAGGAGAUCGCGGAGGCGUACCUCGGCAAGGAGAUCAAGAACGCGGUGGUCACGGUCCCCGCCUACUUCAACGACUCCCAACGUCAGGCGACCAAAGACGCCGCCGUCAUCGCGGGCAUCAACUGCAUGCGCAUCAUCAACGAGCCCACCGCGGCCGCGAUCGCUUACGGCCUCGACAAGAAGAACGACAACGGCGGCGCGGAGAGGAACGUCCUCAUCUUUGACCUCGGCGGCGGCACCUUUGACGUCUCGCUCCUCACCAUCGAGGAGGGCAUCUUCGAGGUCAAGGCGACGGCGGGCGACACGCACCUCGGCGGCGAGGACUUCGACCAGCGCAUGAUGAACCACUUCGUGCAGGAGUUCAAGCGCAAGCACAAGAAGGACCUCACCGGCAACGCGCGCGCGCUCCGCCGCCUUCGCACCGCGUGCGAGCGCGCGAAGCGCACGUUGUCCUCCACCGCGCAGACGUCCAUCGAGAUCGACUCGAUGUUCGAGGGCAUCGACUUUUACACCUCCAUCACGCGCGCGAGGUUCGAGGAGCUCAACAUGGACCUCUUCCGCAAGUGCAUGGAGCCCGUGGAGAAGUGCCUCCGCGACUCCAAGAUGGACAAGUCCUCCGUGCACGAGAUCGUGCUCGUCGGCGGCUCCACGCGCAUCCCCAAGGUGCAGUCGCUCCUCAGCGAUUUCUUCAACGGCAAGGAGCUGUGCAAGUCCAUCAACCCGGACGAGGCGGUGGCGUACGGCGCCGCGGUCCAGGCCGCGAUCCUCAGCGGCGAGGGCAACGAGAAGGUCCAGGACCUCCUCCUCCUCGACGUCUCCCCGCUAUCCAUGGGCCUCGAGACUGUCGGCGGCGUCAUGACGGUGCUCAUCCCGCGCAACACCACCAUCCCCACCAAGAAGGAGCAGGUGUUCUCCACGUACUCCGACAACCAGCCGGGCGUGCUCAUCCAGGUGUUCGAGGGCGAGCGCUCGAGGACGAAGGAUAACAACCUCCUCGGGAAGUUUGAGCUGCAGGGGAUCCCCCCGGCGCCGCGCGGCGUGCCGCAGAUCAACGUCUGCUUCGACAUUGACGCCAACGGCAUCCUCAACGUCUCCGCGGAGGACAAGUCCACGGGCCAGAAGAACAAGAUCACGAUCACGAACGAUAAGGGUCGCCUCAGCAAGGAGGAGAUCGAGCGCAUGGUCCAGGAAGCGGAGAAGUACAAGGCUGAGGACGAGGAGCACAAGAAGAAGAUCGAGGCGAAGAACGGCUUGGAAAACUACGCGUACAACAUGAAGAACACGAUGAACGACGAAAACGUCGGCGGCAAGAUCGAUCCGGACGACAAGACGAAGAUCAUGACCGCGGUGGAGGAGACGAUCGCGUGGUUGGACGGGAACCAGACCGCGGAGGUGGACGAGUUCGAGGACAAGAUGAAGGAGCUCGAGGGUUUGUGCAACCCGAUCAUCUCGAAGAUGUACCAGGCUGGCGGCGGCGCGCCCCCGGGCGCGGGCGGCAUGCCGGACUUCGGCGCCGGCGCCGAGGGCGCCGAGGGCGGCGGCGCGGCGCCGGGUCCGAAGAUCGAGGAGGUGGAUUAAUCCGUCGUCAGUCUUUUGCGACGCGACGCGACGCGCUUCGCUUCCGACGCGAGGAGGGGGGCUUUUUACCACGUGAUGAGACUGUUUUUGCGAUUGAUUUUUUUAGGAGACGACGAACGAUCUCGUUUGUGAUCGAACACAGCAGGGCGUCGGCGCGGCGGGGCACGCGCCUCGACGCGCCGACCCCUACGCACGCAUAAUACGAACAA